AAUCUGGAUUUCUUCUUCUCCAAGUCGCUUUUUCAUUUCGCCAAACAUUAAAAUUAACAAAAGUUAAAUAAUAAUUCUUCACUUUUUUUCUCUCAAAUUCUCACUCUCUCUCUCUCUACUCUUCACUAGAUCUUCAUCUCUUCAUCAUUUCUUUCGGGUUUUAGCGAAUUGGGGAAAUUCUUAGAGGAGAGAGAAAACCUUAAAAAUGACGAAUGGAGCAUUUGAAGUACCUGCAAAAGGUGGAUUUAGCUUCGAUAAUUGCAAAAGGAAUGAAAUGCUGUUGAGCAAGGGUCUUACAGCUCCUGGUUUCCUCAAAACUGGUACCACUAUCGUCGGUCUUGUUUACCAGGAUGGUGUCAUUCUUGGAGCUGAUACUAGAGCUACAGAAGGCCCCAUUGUCGCUGAUAAGAACUGUGAAAAAAUUCAUUACAUGGCACCAAACAUUUACUGCUGUGGUGCAGGGACUGCAGCUGAUACAGAGGCUGUAACUGACAUGGUUAGCUCCCAGCUUAAACUUCACAGGUAUCACACUGGUCGCGAGUCAAGGGUUGUUACAGCUCUUACUCUCCUGAAGUCCCAUCUUUUUAGGUAUCAAGGACAUGUCUCUGCUGCACUUGUGCUAGGUGGAGUUGAUGUCACUGGACCUCAUCUACACACUAUAUACCCUCAUGGAUCAACAGACACACUUCCCUUUGCUACAAUGGGAUCAGGUUCUCUUGCUGCAAUGGCUGUCUUUGAGUCAAAAUACCGUGAAGGACUCUCUAGGGAGGAAGGUGUUAAAAUAGUCUGUGAGGCAAUCUCUUCUGGUAUCUUUAAUGACUUGGGAAGUGGAAGCAAUGUGGACGUAUGUGUCAUAACAAAGGGAAAUGUAGAGUAUCUAAGAAAUCAUGUGCAGCCAAAUCCUCGUACCUACACAAGUGCUAAGGGUUAUACAUUUUCUAAGCCUACAGAGGUCCUUUCAACAAAGAUCACAUCACUGAGAUUGACUGCCGAGGUGACUGAAGGUGGUGAUGCAAUGGAAGAAGAGUGAUGGUGGUGAUUGUAAUCCUUGUAUUCGUAGUUUGUUAUUGCAACAUGUUUCAUUAAAUUCUUAAUGCAGAUGCUGAUCUUGAGUUGAUGGCAUCAUGGCAGAAUGGUUGUGUUCUGUGAAACUUGGUCACUCCUUUGCCUGCUAAAUAGAUGAUAAUGGAUUACUUCAUUUCCCUUUUCUGUCUGUCUUUCUCAUGUCUCUCAGUCGUUUGAUAGUUUAGGCAGCAUUAGUAGACAUAUCAUGUUGCUCUUUUCAACAAAAAAGAUUAUUCACGUGUAGAACAGUA